CUUUCGCUUUCACUUCCUUGUCGGAGAGUCGACGGAUCUCCGGGGCUGGACGGUCAUGGCGUUACUGGAUCUGUGCGGAGGCGCUCGGGGGCAGCGCCCCGAGUGGGCCACCCUGGGUGCAGAAAGAGGGUAUCGCUCGGACCCGGGACACUACAGUUUCUCUGUGCAAGCUCCGGAGCUCGCACUUCCACAGGGGAUGCAGCCCACGGACUUCCUGAGGUCCUUUGGUGGUGACCAAGAAAGGAAUGUUCAGAUUGAGAUGGCCCACGGCACAACCACACUAGCCUUCAAGUUCCAGCAUGGAGUCAUCGUGGCCGUGGACUCCCGGGCCUCUGCGGGGACUUACAUCAGCACCUUAAGGGUGAACAAGGUGAUCGAGAUUAACCCUUACCUGCUCGGCACCAUGUCUGGCUGUGCGGCUGACUGUCAGUACUGGGAACGGCUGUUGGCCAAGGAAUGCAGGCUGUACUACCUGCGGAACGGAGAACGCAUCUCCGUGUCCGCGGCCUCCAAGCUGCUUUCCAACAUGAUGCUCCAGUACCGGGGCAUGGGCCUCUCCAUGGGCAGCAUGAUCUGUGGCUGGGACAAGAAGGGCCCAGGACUCUACUACGUAGACGAAAACGGGACUCGGCUCUCGGGACGGAUGUUCUCCACUGGCAGCGGGAACACCUACGCCUACGGGGUGAUGGACAGCGGCUACCGGCAGGACCUCAGUCCCCAAGAGGCCUAUGACCUUGGCCGCAGGGCUAUCGUGCACGCCACCCACAGAGACUGCUAUUCCGGGGGCGUGGUCAAUAUGUACCACAUGAAGGAGGACGGUUGGGUGAAAGUGGAAAGUUCGGAUGUCAGUGACCUGAUGCACAAGUAUCGAGAGGCCAAUCAGUGAUGGAGGAGGCUGCUGGGAGGGGUUUCCUGGGAGCCCAGUGGACUCGGGGCCUGCGGAGACUUCAGAGCCAGGAGAAAGAAGGGCCCCACCUGGGCCAAGGACAGAAAGCUCCGAGGCCAUGGAGACCACCAGGUUCCCCCUCGGUCCCACCGAGCACCCCAUCCCCGGAAAGUCUUCUAAGUACAAUAAAAGAAAACGGUUAUUACGUG